AUGGUUGGUUCCAUGGCAGAGAAAACCUACACAAAUUCCACAUUUCUCUUGCUAAUCCUCACUGUUUCUUUCAUUCCUGCAAAAUGCAAAUUUGAAUUAUUCCCAGAUGUGGAGGUCACAUUAGCCAAUGAUGGAAACCAUCCAAUUUACUUCAUGUGCAAAUACACAGACAAGGAUAAUUCUCUUUACGAACUGCCUGAAAACACCACCUACAGAUUCAAUUUUCCACAAGUUGCCUUUCCAAUGCGGUGGUGUUAUCUAUAUAUAAACCCAAGAAGUCAUGGAUUCUUCUGGGCAUACACGGUGAGAUCGAGAUGUACUAAAUGUUUCUGGAGCAUUAACAGAUAUCCACAUUUGUAUAGAAGUGAUCGUGCCAGAUGGGAACGUCAGCAGCUGUUUCAACCGUUAAAUUUCAACAUAUCGGAUUAUUUCAAGAAGGUGGAUUGA